UAAUAUACCGUUUAAUGUAUGUUUUUUUUUUCAGAUUGCAUAUAAAUGCGCAUAUUACACCUGUUCCUACCUCACAGAACAAAUGUCAUCAGCAUCUCCUAUCUUCAGCCUGAGGGCGCAGUGCACUCAUCGGGCUCAGGACAACCUGCUACCAGACUGUACUUGUACACAAUUUUUUCCACUUCCAUAUGAUCAGAUUCUCUGCGCCAAGUGUGGACAUGGUAUUCACUCACAUGCAGACUAUCUCUCGCGUUCUGUCCAUCAAUGUUCAGCGACUCAGUGUGCCGCAUUUGUUCAAAGAACGGCGCUGACGCAGCAAUGUACUUGUUCAAUCGAAAUUGAUGGCCAUACUUCUGUUUUAAAUCCGUAUCGUCUUACCACUCAACCCAGCAGCCUGGACGCUUUCAUUGCCGCUAGCAAUGAACGCCCUGACACUGUCCGUCAGCAAUUUCAGUCUAUGACAUCCUCCUCUUCAUACUACGGUGCUUCCCCGAGUCCAUAUCAUUCAAGUCCCUCUCCAUCCAAGUCGUAUGGGCCCUUGGACUUUAUUUCAGUUGGCAGUGCUCAGUUGAACAGCGCGUUCAACACCGUUUCUAAUGCCCUCAGUGCUUAUGAUAGCAUAGAUCAUAUCCUAGCACUUGGACAACCCACUCAGGCUUCGAGUCAUACCUCGUUCGAUCCUGCACCCACCACACAACCACAGGCCAGAGGCCAUGUGGGUGCUGUCCCACAAGCAGCGGCUUGGGAAAAUGUCGACUUCGCUCAACACCAGGGGCGCGACUCUGCUGCUUCGCCGGACUCUACCCAUUACCAGCGGCGUUCUCGGAAUGACCGUUCUUUUAUUCCCUAUGUCCCUAAGGUAUGAUCCUGUAGCUCGGAAAUCAAUAUGCAACAUCUUUCUAUGCUGUGUUAUCACUGCCAGCGACAAGAUCUGUAGCAGUA